AUGCUCACCUCUGAGCCUACCUUCAAGCGCUCCUCAUCCUCGCCGUUAGGGCAGUCGCAUGGUUCGGAUGUGAAGAAGCUUAAGCGCCCGUAUCAUCACCACCAUCGCCUACAGAAUCCUGUCAUCCCAGCCACUUCGGAGCCUGCCAUUACUGAUGCUUCCUCCAUCGACCAUUUGAUGAGUCGCUCUAUUGGAUUUUCAUUAAGAGAAAAUGGGUUUGACCUGGCCGAUCCGGUGGCGUUGGAUAGCUUUCGCAAUGCAGCGGAGGAGUAUCUCCUGAAAUUUGCAUCAUACAUACGCCAGUCAAUGCUCUCAAGCCGGCGCAUACAACCUAUUCCACAAGAUUUCGAACAUGCUUUGAAGAGACACUCCCUGCGCGUGGACGACCUCAUCCCACACGUCAAAACUAUUCGGGACUUAGAACCUACUCCAACUCUCCUACCAAGCCCUCCACCAGAAGACGACUCCUUUAAGACCUUACCAUCUCUCGGACCCCGGCUCAGUGGCGAGGACGAUCGAGUCCGAAGCGCGCACAUCCCCAAACAUUUCCCCGAAUUUCCCAGUAAACAUACCUACCGACAUACUCCCGUAUUCACCGAGCGAGAGCAAGACCCCCGAAAGAUUCGUGAGCGUGCAACAGAAGAUGGACGUCAUGGAGAGGAGGCUUUGCGCAAACUUGCUCGAGCAGCCUUCAAGGACAAUCAACUUGGGUCUUCGGGCAGGGAUAAGAAGUCAUGGGGUCGGAGGACAGAGAGCAUGGACAGUAUGUUCGAAAAGACUGUCAAGGAACUUUUGAAGAAAACGCCAAAGCCCGCAACUGUUCCUGGAUUGGUCGCGUCUAUGGAGAUAGACUCUGGAGCUGCACCCGAUACGGAGAUUAAGCUAAACCGAAGCAAGACGUCGCUGAGCAUCGAACUACCGCCUAUUAUCAACUGUGAACGGGAUCUUUGGCGCAAGUCGACUGUGUCUCGAGACCGGAGACCGGAGGAAAAAACCCCUGGAGUAAAGGACACAUCGGGCAUCCCCAGGGUGGAAAGCUGGUUCGACGGGACCGCCCUUGCGACGCCUCUCUUGGAAGUUUUUACGGAUGAUGCUGACAUGACCAGGGAGAGAUUCGGCGGAGAACACUGGGACGAGAGGAGCCAUUUAGACCAGUUUCCAACCACGUACUAUGAUACCGUCGAUGACAAUGCACUAGAACGCCGCCUAGGAAUCAAAGAGAUUGAUGAUUUUCUAGAUGUGUUUAUGAAACCCACUCCAGUGAAUCCGCCUCAGGGUCAUCAGGUGCCACGGCAGCUAGAACAGACUAUUCCUCGUGAUAGAGAUGAAGAACGUGAACUGGGCGACGGCCAGCAAUUGCAAGAGGAAACCCGUGUAAACCCACUUUCUACCGAACAAGCUCCUACGCCAAUUCGUGUUCAUCGCGACACGGUUCUGGAGAUAUCAAGCACCUCCUCUGCAUCCGGAAAAUCCCAGCUGUUAUAUUACCUCUCCGCAAUUGGUGUCUUGCCGUCUGUGUGUGACGGAAUCCAACUAGGUGGCCAAGAGUCUGCCGUUGUCUUUAUUGACACCGACGGCCGCUUCGAAGCAGAGAGACUACAGGCUGUUGCUCGCGGGAUCAUUCAGAAACGAGUGACAAUAACAGCUGCUGAGUCGCCAAGGGGUACAGAGGCAGACAAUGAUCUAUCUGAAUGGUCGUCCAAUCAUGAUCUGGAAGUGAUGCUGGUCUCCUCCCUGAAACAUGUCCAUGUUUUCCGUCCACAGUCCUCGUCGGCAUUCCUGGCUACACUACGGCACCUGGAAACAUAUUUGUAUGACCUCCAACGGCAUAUAUCCUCUGAUCGACCCCUCCGGGCUAUACUUAUUGAUAGCGCUAGCGCGUUCUUCUGGCAAGAUAGGCUGCAGGAUGAAGUCGCUCGAACUGAGGAGAUCGGACGCCCUCAUGCUGACAUUGAACGUGAAAGGCAGCAGAAACAGAGCUUUUACCUCUCUGACCUGUAUGCAGAUCUGGCUGGGGAAUUGAAACGACUGCAGAAACAAUUCAGCUGCUCGGUUGUUUAUACUACUAUAGCUGCGAGCGGGAGAUCCAUGACAGGAAGCCACAGCCAUGGCCAGUAUUAUAGAUAUACACCAUCCGGUCCCUUCGAUUUAUACAACCCCUUGGAAACCUCAUUCCCGGAUAGGCCGGCUUUUCGAUCUACCCUCCCCGCUCCCUGGGGCAUAUUUCCCAACUUAAGGCUAGUUGUCCAGCGUGAUGCGGUUCGGCCAUUUCCGCCUUCGAUGACUCCGUACGAAGCCCAACGAGAUGCGCGUAUGCGACAGGAGACGGUCUUGCAGGGGAAGUUCUCGGCGUGGGUGAAUAGAUGGGGCCAGGAAGAAUGGCCUCGCAGGAUAUUGGACGGACUCGAGAGAAGAAACCGGGGCAUGUUCACCUUUCGGAUAGGAAAUGAUGGAGUUGACUUCACUUGA